AAAACAGCAGUCUGUUUUCUUUUUUGACUAAUAGAAAGAGAAGUUGAGACAGGCAGGAAGCUUUGGUUUCGUUCUUCAAGCAAUAUCACUUUACAUUUUAAAGAGAGCAAUUGAAAGGGAAAGAAAAACAAAACAGAAAAUAGAGAGAGAAAAUGAGAGCAAUAAAAUAAAUACAGUGGAUAGCCUACACAUUGGUGGAGUUUACUGGACCAGACACAGUCUGACAUCAGUAGAGAGCGACAGAGAGAGUGAGGUGUGUAGCUGUAGUGAAGUGUAACUCUAGCAUUGCUUUACUGCAAGUACUUACAAGAUUCAAACAUUGACAUUUGUUUGAUUGUAGGAAACCAUUUAAGGCGCUUAGGAAGACAGUCUGUGAAAGAGAAAGACAAGUGGAUUAAAACAAGUCUCUUCCAGACCAAACCAUGUUGAUAAAAGAAUACCGGAUAUGCAUGCCUCUUACUGUUGAUGAGUAUAAAAUCGGCCAGUUGUAUAUGAUCAGCAAGCACAGCAGUGAACAAAGCGGAGGAGGUGAAGGGGUGGAGGUGGUCCGUAAUGAACCUUGCACAGACCCCACAUGCGGAGAUGGUCAGGUCACUGAAAAACGCAUCUACCUCAACAGCAAACUGCCUGCCUGGAUGAGAAGGUUUGUUCCCAUGGCUUUUUAUGUGACUGAAACAGCUUGGAAUUUCUACCCUUACACCAUAACAGGUCAGUUCAAGCAUUCUAAUACGAUAAAUGCUCCAGCAUUUGAAUAUUCAUGUGCCCUGUCACAUGGCAUGUACAUCCAUCUUGUCCUUUUAAUUCUUCAUUCUUCCCAAAAGUGUUCCUUCCUACCGAAGUUCCAAGUCAGGAUAGAGACGCGCUUUGAGAAUGACAACGGGAGCACAGAAAAUGUGUUUGGUGAUAACCCCACCCCAGAGGACAGUGUCUGCUUUUUGGAUAUCUUAAGUGAUCCAAUCCCAGACAAACAUUACAAGCAGUCAGAGGAUCUGAGCAACUGGGUGUCAAAGAAAACAGGCAGGGGACCCCUAGUGGAUGGCUGGAGGAACACCAACAAACCAAUUAUGUGCUCCUACAAGAAAGUCACCUGUAGCUUUGAGGUCUACGGUUUCCAGGGAAGGACAGAGGAGUUUGUUCACAGGAACAUUCGUGACAUUCUUUUGGUGGGACACAGACAGGCAGUGGCAUGGACUGAUGAGUGGCAUGGAAUGACACUUGAAGAGGUGAGAGAGUAUGAGAGAAAACUGCAGGACGAAACCAACAGCAAACUGAAGAGUGAUAUUAACUGUACAGAUUCUGCUCCUCCAAUGCGCCCCACCUUCACUCGCUCCAUUUCUGUUACGGAUGAAUCAUCACUAAAAAAGAUGGGCGUGAAGACUGUGGACAUUGAAGACUCCUGCCCAUCCUCUAUCAAAAGUCCUUUGAGAUUAAACUCUACCCCGGAAUAACACCCCUCAACCCGUCUUCCCACACGUACCCCUCAAUAACUCUACAAAUCUGGAUUUAUCAGCACCAUUGCCAGUACCACCAGUAUGUCUUAAAAUUAUUUGUGAGAUCUUUUAUCAAAAUUCUCUUGAUUUGGACUUUCUCUUCCCUGAUCUAUAAAACUAAAAGGAAGACAUUCCACAUUGUCUACUACAAAUAUGACCCUCUUGUCUUGAUUCCCUCGUGAUCUGUAUGCUUUGGCACCAUGCAGAAGUUGACAUUUUGCCAAAUUCUCACUUCACAACAUUAAUAGGGCUUAACUUAAAGCAAUGCUCCCACCUCAUGAAACUUCUUGCCAAAGAAUUUUAGAUGUAAUAUAAUAGUGGUUCCACAUGGAGUGAAACCAUAUUUCCUUAGGUCAACAUAUUUAUUCACUUCUCACAGACAAGCCCUCCUCAACAAAAUGGCUGCCACGUGGACUCAGGAAGUGGUCUAUUCAAAUGUCUAUAAACAUGAAGUGGACCACAGACCCAUCAGAGAAUGAAGAUGAACCCUUUCAAUUGAUCUAACGAAGCAACAUGUAGAGUGCUUCAAUGAGACACAGUCAUUUGGAUCAUGGCAAAUGUGAGUUGCUAGCCAAAAUUUCAAGUGGGUUCCUGGUAUAGAGGUUAGCCUUCAACCUUGCAUCAGUACAUUGACAGAACACGAUUGAGUGUAGUCACAAAGCACACAAUAAGCAAUAGUAUUCAGGGUGAGUACUAUUGGAUUGGGCAUUAUUGAAUGAGGCUGAUACUACACCAGCCUUUAGGCAUUAAGAUGUCAUUGGUUUUAUUCUGUUUUUUUCUCCUUAUUUUCAAAUAAAAAAAGGUGAAUUUUGUGUCA